AUGCUCGACACAAUCACUUACUUGCUCUGUGAGCGCUCAGUUGGUUCCCUCAUUAUCCUCAUCGACAUCGCCAUCUUCCUCUGGUAUUUCGUCCUCGUCCCUCUCUCCCCUUCUUGUACCCUCUGUAACAAGAAGACUUCAACAGUCUCUCUCCCUUGCGGUAACUGCUUCUACUGCCCUUCCUGCCUCAACUCUCACGUCGCCCACUCUUGUGCUGACCCCUCUCGCUGGCCGAUCCGCUGCUGCACAACUCAACAGAUCCCUCUCCGCUUCAUCUCUCAACACCUCACUGCUAGUAACCUCUCUCUUGCUGCAAGAAGAAUUGGCAGCUGGGGUGUUCCUGCCUCUCAAACGCUUUAUUGUGCUGACCCUGCUUGUACCACGCCUAUUGCUGCUAACACUCUGUUUCCUGGAAGGUGGGUCACUUGUGGAAACUGUCAUUCGCUGACUUGUACUAGAUGUAGAUCAUUUGGUCACGUUGAUGAGUGUAGAAGUGACCACUGUACUAUUACCUAA